AUGGACGCGUUCAAUUCAAGCGCAACGGACGCGUUCGCCGUGGUCCACCUCAAUUCCUCGUCGUGGACGCUGGACAGCGGCUACUCACUCGCAGCGAUAGCGGGAAUUGCUGCGCUCGUGAGUUUCCUCAUCCUCUUCACCGUUGUGGGGAACGUACUGGUCGUCAUAGCGGUGCUGACGAGCAGGGCGCUGAAAGCCCCCCAGAACCUCUUCUUAGUGUCCUUGGCAACUGCAGACAUCCUCGUCGCCACUCUGGUAAUGCCGUUUUCUUUGGCAAACGAACUGAUGGGCUACUGGUAUUUCGGCAAAGUGUGGUGCGGCAUCUACCUGGCUUUGGACGUCUUGUUCUGCACUUCGUCCAUUGUUCACCUGUGCGCCAUCAGUUUGGACCGCUACUGGUCCGUGACGCAAGCCGUCGAGUACAACCUCAAACGGACCCCUAAACGUGUCAAGUGCAUCAUCGUAAUCGUGUGGCUCAUUUCCGCCUUCAUAUCCUCACCGCCGCUGAUAUCGAUCGACAGCAAUAACGACGCCAACGUUCAGCCACAGUGUGAGCUGAACGACGACACCUGGUACAUUCUCUCCUCCAGCAUUGCGUCAUUCUUCGCGCCGUGCUUGAUCAUGAUCCUGGUGUACAUCAGAAUAUACCAGGUGGCGAAAACCCGAACCAGGAGCAUGUCGGAGAAGUCAAGGCCGGAUGGGGUCGCCCAAACAGAGAACGGGCUGAACAAGGCCACCUCCCCUUUCCGCGGAGAGCGAGAGAAUGGCCACUGUCAGUGUCCGCCUACGCCCGGCCCGGACACCAUGACGCACCACGCCGACGAGGUGGACAUGGAUGAGAGCUCCUCCUCAGAGGGCAAAGGUCAAAAACCUCCUAACCUGGACUCCAGGAGAGCCAAGAGGGCCAGCCAGAAGCACAGCUCCCUCUCCAAACACUCCAGCCGCAUAUCCAGAGCCAGUAACAAAUCCAUGGACCUCUUUGCCUCCAGGAAAAAACGGCGGAGGAGCUCAGCCGCCAGGAAAAAGGUCUCCCAGGCCAGGGAGAAGAGGUUCACCUUUGUCCUGGCGGUGGUCAUGGGGGUGUUUGUUGUGUGCUGGUUCCCUUUUUUCUUCAGCUACAGCCUGUACGGCGUUUGCAGGGAGUCUUGCAGGAUCCCCAAGCCGCUCUUUAAGUUCUUCUUCUGGAUUGGCUACUGCAACAGCUCCCUAAACCCGGCUAUAUACACCAUCUUCAACCAGGAUUUCCGACGCGCCUUCCAGAAGAUCCUCUGCAAGUCAUGGAAGAAGUCCUUCUGA